GGUGCCGGGGGCGGUGUGAGGCGAGGGACGGCGGCGGGGCUGUCUGAGGGAAUGCGGGCGGCCAAGAUGGCUGCCGCUGCCGCCGCUGCCGGGCGUCACCUGCUGAGGAGCUGCAGCCAGCUGCGGGUGCCGCUGCGAUGGAGAGGCCAGGCCCCGGCGGCCGCGGUGACCGAGAGCGCCAGGCCGCGGCCGCGGCCGCAGGAGCGGAAACCUAAGACAGGAAUCUUGAUGUUGAACAUGGGAGGCCCGGAGCGGCUGGAUGACGUCCACGAUUUCCUGCUGCGUCUCUUCCUGGACAGAGAUCUGAUGACCCUUCCAGUUCAGAAUAAGCUGGCCCCGCUCAUCGCCAAGCGCCGCACCCCGAAGAUCCAGGAGCAGUACAGCAGGAUCGGCGGCGGCUCCCCCAUCAAGAAGUGGACGGCGGUGCAGGGAGAGGGCAUGGUGAAGCUGCUGGACAGCAUGUCUCCUCGCACUGCUCCUCACAAGUACUACAUCGGGUUCCGCUACGUGCACCCGCUGACCGAGGAGGCCGUGGAGGAGAUGGAGAGGGACGGCGUGCAGAGAGCCAUCGCCUUCACCCAGUACCCCCAGUACAGCUGCUCCACCACGGGGAGCAGCUUAAAUGCCAUUUAUCGCUACUAUAACCAGAAAGGGGAGAAGCCAAAGAUGAAGUGGAGCAUCAUUGACCGAUGGCCCACACAUCCCCUGCUCAUUCAGUGCUUUGCUGAUCACAUCCAGAAGGAGCUGAACCUGUUCCCCCCGGACAAAAGGAAAGAGGUGGUCAUCCUCUUCUCAGCCCACUCGCUGCCCAUGUCUGUGGUGAACCGCGGGGAUCCCUACCCUCAGGAAGUGGGAGCCACUGUGCAGAGGGUCAUGGAGAAGCUCAACUACUCCAACCCUUACAGGCUGGUGUGGCAGUCCAAGGUUGGACCAAUGCCCUGGCUUGGUCCCCAGACAGAUGAGACCAUUAAAGGCCUGUGCCAGCGAGGGAAGAAGAACAUGCUGCUGGUCCCAAUAGCCUUUACCAGUGACCACAUUGAGACACUGUAUGAGCUGGACAUCGAGUACGCCCAGGUUUUGGCCAACGAGUGUGGAGUCGAAAACAUCAGGAGAGCGGAGUCUCUGAACGGAAAUCCGCUGUUCUCCAAGGCCCUGGCAGACCUGGUGUGCUCCCACCUGCAGUCCAACGAGGUGUGCUCCCGCCAGCUGACCCUGUGCUGCCCUCUCUGCGUCAACCCCGUGUGCAGGGAGACCAAGGCGUUCUUCAGCAGCCAGCCCCUGUGAGCCAAGCCCCCCGAGCAGCCGGGCUGGGGCCUCCCCUUGCAGGGAGCUCGCUGAUGUGUUCUUGGAGAAGAGUGGUAGGAGGUAGGGAGGCAUUUAUCCUGGCAGGAGAGAGGAGGUCUCGUGUCGUCCUGCCCCGGCAGGACUCUCUGGAAAAGCUUUUUGUACAAUUGGCUUCUGUUUCUAUGCAGGGGUUUACUCGUGUGCAGGGUGGGCACGAGUCCCUUAACUUGCCAGCUCGAAGGUACACUUAGUUUGGUUUUGCUUGAGGUGCAGUCUGAGCAGCACAGUCUGUUGUCUGUUCUGCAGCUGGCUUUGGAGACUUUGGAGAUCAAGUUCCUUCUAAUAAGGCUUUUUAAUAAGGUGUGUAUGGCUAUUUUAUUUUUUAAAUUUUUUUUUUUUUUUUUUAGAGCAUAAAGAUAAGGCUUUGUUUUGGUUUGGUUUUCUCCUGCCGGAAACUUCCCGUGAAAGCUUAGCUGGGAUAGUAGAACGCACAAAACUUGUUUACAUUUUCUAGGAAAAACAUUUUCAUUAUCUGCAGAAAAUGAUUUGAAGAGUAUAAAUUGAAAGGAAUUAGCCUGCUUGGGUAAUACUGGAGAAUUUGCUGCAUUGAAACUGCGUGUUUCGAGUCUAGCAGGAGCAUGUGUGGAAACACGUUGGUGUAUCUGUUAAGCAGAAUGGCUUUUAAAAUUCUUCUUAUUUUUAUUAAAAAAGGGCUUUUUCUGUUCGGUGAAGUAAAUUUAGGAAGUCAGCCUUGUUCUCCAGGAGGUUUAUAGAUCCACUCUGUGCUUUCUACUGUGCCACAGUACUGUGGUUUUGUGGGAUACCUGUGGAGUGCCGUAGGUAGGAUUGCUGUGGCUUCACUGCUGUUACUGGAACAGGAGCUGAUCAGUCAGGAGUCAUUCAGAGCUUCACAUGCCAGGGGCUGGGGCUCUCCUGAGAGGCUGCCAGCCCACAGCAGGGACAGCUGGCAGGGGCAGUGCCCCGGGGCACAGGGUCCCCUCCUGCCUGCCUGCGAAGCCACCGAGCCCUGCGGGUGACAGCCCCGCUGGCACCUCCUCGGGCACGCGUUUACUUGAUGUCCUUAGCACUGAAAUGCCAGCAGCUGGGCACUGCAGGCUGCUUCCUGGGAAUUGCUGGUGGCUGGGGAGCCACGCCGCUCGGCCGGGUUGAUCUGCUCAGGUGACCGUGAGGCAGCAGCAGUUUGGACCUCUGGUCUUUAGGGAGCAGGGUGUUCAAAGAGAGAAGAGGCCUCUUGUGGUGUGUCAGGGGUUUGUCCCGUUCUGUUUUGUUGUUGGAAUUGAGGAUGGGGUGCUGAAGGAACGGAUGGAUCCCGUGCUGAGCACCUGUGCAGUGCUGUAAAUCCCCAAUACCUCUGGAGAGUCGCUUGCUCCAUUUUCAUACCUGCUUCCCAGGGUGAGACAGACUGAGAUUCCUUCGGUGCCAGAACCUCCUGCACUGAACCCCCUGUUCCCCUCAGAAAGAAGUCUUCCUUGGCCCUUCAUGCCUGUGCCUGUUCCAGUGGCAGGGAGCCAGGAGCUCCCCUUCUCCCUCCUCUCCCUCCCCGUGGGCUCUGCUUGCUGCCUGGGCAGGAAAAAGGAGCACAAAUGUCC